UUAUCCUAGGAUUAUCAACAGUCUAUGCAGGAACAAACUAAGGCAGACUGACAAGCAAACCUACUGGCUGCCGCGGAGGGUAAUAGGAUGACCAAGACCCAUCAACUAGUAAAGAUCAAUUUGCAGCGGUGUCAUCAUCACUUGCAGGAUCACAAUAAAUGGUGACACCCCCGUAUAGAUACGAUGAGAUCAGGCCAUUCACAACAGGCGCAGAAUGCAUUCCACUUCGUCAGCUGUGCCGGCUGAAUGACUACAAUUACCAUGAUGCAAUUCUUCCUGAGGCUCUCCCAGCCCUGAGCUGACGUUCCUCCCCCUCUCCCCAUCCACCUCCUCAUCUGAACGCCUGUUCUAAGCAGAGUCUGCAGUGUCUGUCUGCACUGUGCACAGCUGGCACUACCAUCUAGAAAGUAACGUCUCCUGUCGGUGCGGUAUACAGAGGCAGCUGACAUCAGCUCAGGGGGUGCCUCAAUCACAAGACCACAACUAGCCAAGCCCAAGAGCGAUGACGACUUGUGUCAGAAGAGGGAGGGGGAGCAGGGGAAUCAGCAGCAGUGAGGAGACGGCACAGUUAUGAAAAGUUCCCAACUACAGAGCUGCCAGGGGAUGAAUGGAGCCGCUAAUGGCAACUUAUACAAGAGAGAAUACAAGGAGUCUUAUGAAGAAGCCCCACUCUACAUCCCUGUGCUUACCUACUUCGGUUAUGGAAUUUUAAUCUUAUUUGGCCAUAUACGGGAUUUCAUGAGAAAAUGGGGAUUAGAACAAUGUCACAUGGCCAAAGAAAGGGAAGAGCAAAGAGAUUUUGUGCCUCUUUACCAAGACUUUGAAAAUUUCUACACAAGAAAUAUUUACAUGCGCCUCCGUGAUGCUUUUAGUCGGCCCGUAUGCAGUGUUCCUGGCGCCCUGUUUGAUCUGAAGGAGCAGGUGUCUGAUGACUACAACUGGACUUUUAGUGACACCGGAAAAGUCAUCAAGGAUGUGAUCAAUAUGGGAUCAUACAACUAUCUGGGUUUUGCAGAAAAUAAUGAAGAGUCCUUAGAAACAGUAAAGAAUGUAUUAGAGAAGUAUGGUUCUGGAGUGUGCAGUACUAGACAUGAAAUGGGGCUAAUGGAUAAACUUCAAGAGCUGGAAAACUUGGUUGCAGAGUUCCUUCAUGUAGAAGCAGCGAUGGUUUGCAGUAUGGGUUUUGCCACAAAUUCAACAAACAUUCCAGUUCUGGUUGGAAAGGGCUGUCUUAUACUAAGUGAUGAAUUAAACCACACUUCUCUGAUUCUUGGAGCAAGACUCUCUGGAGCCACCAUUCGAGUAUUCCAACACAACAAUAUGAAGAACCUGGAAAAACUAUUGCGGGAAGCUGUAGUGAAUGGUCAGCCACGAAUUCGCAGAGCCUGGAAGAAAAUUCUUAUUAUCGUCGAGGGCAUUUACAGUAUGGAAGGAUCUAUUGUACAUCUUCCAGAAAUAAUAGAAUUAAAGAAGAAGUACAAAGCUUACUUAUACGUGGACGAAGCACACAGUAUAGGAGCAGUGGGGCCUACAGGGCGAGGUGUGGUGGAAUAUUUUGGCAUGGAUCCUGCAGACGUGGAUGUAUUGAUGGGAACAUUUACCAAAAGCUUUGGUUCUGUAGGGGGAUAUAUUGCUGGAAAAAGGGAAAUUAUCGAUUACUUACGGAACCACUCACAUAGUGCAUUUUACGCACCAUCUAUACCGCCACCUAUAGCUGAGCAAAUCAUACGGGUAAUGAAGUGCAUUAUGGGACGUGAUGGGACACUGACAGGCCAGCAAAGAGUCAACCAGCUCGCAGAGAACACCAGAUACUUCAGACAAAAAUUACGUGACUUGAAUUUAAUUAUUUAUGGAAAUGAAGACUCUCCGGUCGUCCCUGUGCUCAUGUACAUGCCAAGCAAAGUAGGGGCUUUCACAAGGCACAUGCUAAAGAAGAAAAUUGGUGUUGUUAUAGUUGGUUUCCCAGCAACUCCUAUAGCUGAGACUAGAGUGAGGUUUUGCAUUUCAGCCGCACAUACCAAGGAAAUGUUGGACAAGGUCGUGGAUGAGCUGGAUAAAAUGGGUGACUUUCUAAAUGUAAAGCAUUCCCGUAAAACCAGAAGAAAUCGUACAGUGCUUUAUGAUGAGUCCAACAUAGAACUUGAUGCUUGAGUGCAGUGCCACACUUUGACCAUCACUACAGUUCCCUCCUUAGAAUACAUGUUUCAUAUUCAGCUUUUUAUCUCAAGAAAAUCCCAUUCCAUUAAAUGAAGAUACAUGGCCAUGAAAAAUAUUACCACAACAUCAGCAAUCUUUGGAUUAUCCACCAAUCCAUCCAAUGUUGUCCUUCAAUAAAAUCAAUAUUUUUCAAGAAUUAGAUUUGUAAGUUUU